AUGAUGGCUCAGGCAAGUGAAGGUAAUGUGAAGGGACAGGAGAAAAUUGAGGCAGAUGAUAAUAAAAAACCGGUUAAUGUAGAAAAAAGUACAGAAGCUGAACAUGAACCAAAAUUAGAGGCAGUUGUGGAGGAUAGUUGGCUGAUACGGGAUUGUGAAGUAUAUAGUGAUGAAUAUGAUGAAUGUACAAGUAUAAGAGCUAGAUUUCACCAAUAUUUUAUUUAUGGUGAAUCCCUCGACUGCAACCAGUGGAAGAGAGAUUAUGACAAUUGUUGUAAAUGGGUGGAAAAUAAAGAUGUAAAAGCUGGUGAGGCACUUAUCAAGAGUGAACAAGCGCGCCGAAUGGAGCGGUUACGAGCUCACUAUAGAAAUGAUGUGUGGAAAAAGCGAGAUUCACCACCAGAAGAUUGGGCGGCACCCCUACCUGAAUGGAUGGCCAAAAGAGAUGAAAACACAUACUUAGCACAAAAAGCACGGGAAAUUAGAGAGGGAACGGAAACAGAGGAGAAAGAUAGCUCGUGUUCAAUUAUGUAG